GCGGCUAUCGACUAUCGAUGAUGUAGUUGAUUCAUAUAGAAUGAACCUUUCCCCGCCUAGCUGUCGUCCGUCCCUGGCGAUGCCCAUCUCUCAACAGCCUCAUAUCUGACAAUUGAUAUUGAAGAGUUCCCGGAAAUGGGCCGCCUUCCUACAUAUUUUCGGCGCGAUGAUGCCGUCAGUCAUCCAACUACCGAGUCUACUCCCAAGUCGAGCGAAAUCACAACCGAGAACACGAUACCUGUUGACCCAUGGAUGAUCGUGGUCAUCGUGGCCGGUAUCCUGAUCGUCGUAACGCUCGCCAUCGUCAUGUGCAUGCACUUUUUCAAGUCACGGCGGGCACGAAAAACAACCGGUUUCCAACCGGUCAAAGAAGAAGAAAAGAACUCGACAUACCCACCCAAGCGCAGAUCGGGUAGGGCCGACCGACAGACGCUCGAGGAUCAGGAGCGCGACCUCAUGAUUCGCAAAUCACUCGCCAGCCGAAGCUCAUUAGCGGCCAGCGACCCCAUCUCUCAGAUACCAUCCCCCGAGGAGCAGCAGCACAGCGGGGACUACCAUCCUGAGGUAGUGUCACCCGAAGAGCCCAGCAGAAGAGAGUACCAUCUCGCGCAUCCACUGGGAGACGAGAGCGAGAGGACGAGUUUGCGGGAGGACUGGAAGGCGUGGGAGGCGCGUGUGCAGACGGAGAGGAGAAGCUCGAAUCCGGGAGGUGUCGGGCACGACCAACAUCCGGCGUUUGCAUCGUAUCUCUCCGUGCCGCAACCUACGCGCAUGGCGUCGCCUGUUCGUGGCGGUCCCAGCGUCUAUCGUCACAUCUAGACCUUUUCUCCUCGGCUGGGAAAUACUUACUCGUUCGUCAUUAUGGGUAGAUGUCGAGAAGCAAUUAUUGAUUUGGGGGCCGACUCGACUACUACCUACCUGCAUACAUACUUACCUACAACAA